UUAAGUUAUAAAAUAAUUAUUUCAUUUAAUCAUAUAAGAAUGGCUGAAUAUAGUUUGUUCUCUAAAAUUACUCCAUAUCUUGAUAAACAUUUACUGUUUCCUCUACUUGAGAAUAUGACUAAUAAUCCAAAUUAUGACCAAAAGGUAUUAAAUGAUGUCAAGCUAAGGCUGUUGCAAUCAACUUUUAUGGUUGAUUAUGCUAUCGAAUUAUAUAACAAUCCAAAUGAUGUGCCACAGGAACUGUUAGAGAAGCGUAGGACAGUGUUGGAAAUUCUGGCGGAAGCCGUAAGUGCUGCCGAACCCAUAAAUCAAAUCAUAUCUUUACCGGAGGCAGUGGCACUGAUCAGUAGGGAGAGAGAGUACACAGUCCUUUACCAAAAUUUGAAAAUAGAAUUUAAUUUUGACCCCACCAUGUUGGAACAUCUUUAUAAAGUCGCACGCUUGCGUUUUGAAUGCGGGGAUUACUUAUACGCUGCCAACAAACUGGAUGCCUAUCUUUCACUUAUAACCAUGAACCAUCCCAAUUUCAAAACCGCGCUUUGGGGUAAACUGGCCUCGGACAUUUUGAACCAGUUUUGGGAGCAUGCGCUCAACGAGUUCAAACAGCUGAAGGAAACUAUAGAUAAUAAAGUUUAUAAGAACGAAGUGGAAAGCUUGCAAGAAAGGACUUGGUUAUUACAUUGGAGCCUCUUUAUUUAUUUCAAUCACCCGGACGGAAAAGAACACCUGAUCGACUUGUUCCUCUACCAAAUACCAUAUUUGAACAUAAUUCAAACGGUGUGUCCCCAUUUGCUACGCUAUUUGACGGCCGCUGUCAUAACCAGUAAAAGGAAGAAGCAAGCCCUGAAAGAUCUGAUUAAAAUAUUCAAACAAGAAUAUUACGCUCACAACGAUCCCUUAAUCGAAUUCAUGGUCAGUUUAUUCGUCGAUUGCGAUUUCGAAAAGGCCAAGAAGAAGAUGUUGGAAUGUGCCAUCUUAUUAGAAUCGGAUUUUUUUCUCUGUAAUCACAAAGAUGAAUGCAUGGAAGCUAUACGCCAAAUGACUUUCGAAAAAUAUACCAAAAUUCACCAAUGCCUUAGUUUGAGCGUUGUCGCGGAGAAAUUGAAUAUGAAUGUCGCGGAAGCGGAAAAGUGGAUCGGCAACCUCGUCGCGACCACCAGGGUCGAUGUUAAAAUUGAAUACAGUAAGGGUCACGUACUAAUGAAUACGCAAGUUAUUCCGCCGUACCAAAAGAUAAUCGACAAGGCCAAAACCCUGUCCUACCACACUCAAAACAUGGCUUCCUUGAUAGAGAAUAGGGCCCUGAGUAAUAUAGCCAACCCGCCCAUGAAUGACAGUUCGUCUGCCAUGGUCUUGGGUGGAGCGACGGCCCCAUCAAGUGGCUUCAGCAAAAAUAACGCUUAUUACUGGAACAAUCUUCAAGCUGUCUAAGAAGUCUAAGGAAAAGAAAAAUACCCUUAAAUUUUUUUAUAAUAAUUUAAUUUUUCGAUGUAUUGGUCUAAAUAAAACAUCAAAUCUUGUCUCACAAA